AUGAUAAUGAUGAUAGUAGAGUACAAUGACAAUAGUGAUGUUAAUGACAAUGAUUCUGAUAGUAACGAUAAAGAGAGUGAUGAAGAUGAGGCUGACGAUAAGAAUGAUGAUGAAAAAAAGAAGAAACACAAGGUUCUGGCAACAAAUUGUGAUUCUCAGAGUGAGUGCAGACGUUCUGGAGAACCAUCCAUCUCUAUCUUGGACAAUCUCACAGUCAUCCAGGAGCCAUUAGUGGCGACACUCGUCCCAGCGUUGCAUAUAUAUCAACGCUCCCUACAUCAACUCUCCCAUCAACGCCCCCUACAUCAACGCCCCCUACAUCAACUCUCCCUCAUCAACUCUCCCUACAUCAACUCUCCCCUACAUCAACGCCCCUACAUCAACUCUCCCUACAUCAAUCAACGCUCCUCCAUCAACGCUCCCUACAUCAACGCUCCCCACAUCAACGCUCCCUACAUCAACUCUCCUACAUCAACGCUCCCCAUCAACGCUCCCCACAUCAACUCUCCGCUCCCUGACAUCAACGCUCCGCAUCAACGCCCUUCACUCUCCCUACAUCAACGCUCCUACAUCAACUCCUCCACCAACUCUCCCUCAUCAACGCUCUACAUCAACGCUCCGUACAUCAACUCCCCUACAUCAACUCUCCCCAUCACAACGCUCUCCACACUCCCAUCAACCCCCUACAUCAACUCUCCUCACACCAACGCUCCCCUACAUCAACUCUCCCCACAUCAACUCUCCCCAUCAACUCUCCCCUACAUCAACGCUCCCUACAUCAACUCUCCCCUACAUCAACUCUCUCUCACAUCAACGCUCCCUACAUCAACGCUCCCUGACAUCAACGCCUCGACAUCAACGCUCCCUACAUCAACUCUCCCUACAUCAACGCUCCCACAUCAACUCUCCUCCACUCAACUCUCCCCUACAUCAACGCUCUACAUCAACGCUCCCACAUCAACCUCCCUACAUCAACUCUCCCCUACAUCAACGCUCCCUACAUCAACGCUCCCCUACAUCACCGCUCCCCUACAUCAACUCUCCCUACACCAACGCUCCCCUACAUCAACUCUCCCCAUCAACUCUCCCCCACAUCAACGCCCCUACAUCAACUCCCCUACAUCAACGCUCCCUACAUCAACUCUCCCUACAUCUCUCCCUACAUCAACGCUCCCCUACAUCAACAUCCCUAUAACGCUCCCCUACAUCAACUCUCCCCAUCAACGCUCCCCAUCAACGCUCCCCAUCAACUCUCCCCUACAUCAACGCUCCCCUACAUCAACUCUCCCCAUCAACUCUCCCCUACAUCAACGCUCCCCUACAUCAACUCUCCCCUACAUCAACCUCCCCUCAUCAACUCUCCCCUCAUCAACUCUCCCCCAUCAACUCUCCCCUACAUCAACGCUCCCCUACAUCAACUCUCCCUCCAUCAACUCUCCCUACAUCAACUCUCCCCUACAUCCAACGCUCCCCUGCAUCAACUCUCCCCUACAUCAACUCUCCCCUACAUCAACGCUCCCCUACAUCAGCUCUCCCUACAUCAACAGCUCCCCAUCAACUCUCCCCACAUCAACUCUCCCCUACAUCAACUCUCCCCUACAUCAACUCUCCUACAUCAGCCUCUACAUCAACUCUCCCCUACAUCAACUCUCCCAUCAACUCUCCCCUACAUCAACUCUCCCCCUACAUCAACGCUCCCCUCCAUCCAACUCUCCCCUACAUCAACUCCCCCUACAUCAACUCUCCUAUCAACUCUCCCUACAUCAGCCGCUCCCCCUACAUCAACUCUCCCCUACAUCAACUCUCCCCUACAUCAACGCUCCCCUACAUCAACUCUCCCCCUACAUCAACUCUCCCCUACAUCAACGCUCCCCAUCAACUCUCCCCUACAUCAACUCUCCCCUACAUCAACGCUCCCCUACAUCAACACUCCCCAUCAUCACUCCCUACAUCAACUCUCCCCUACAUCAACGCUCCCCAUCAGCUCUUCAUCAACGCUCCCACAUCAACUCUCCUCACGUCUACAUCAAUCCUGCAAACACAGGAAUAAUCAAUCAACACCAGUGCUUGCCGUUCAUUGGUUAG